AUGCAGCCUGCCCAUCUGCACACGGGCUCGCUGUCACACAUGUCACCGCCACAUAGCCAUAGUAAACAGGAGCCCGAGAGCGAUGAUGGAAAUGGCGUGCACAGCGGAGAUGAUAAUGACCCGGAAGACGACCAAGAUGAACCUGAGAUGGCGCGUAGUGGCAAGCGCAAGCGCCCUGUCUCUGUAUCAUGCGAGCUGUGCAAGCAGAGAAAGGUAAAAUGCGACCGUGGCCAACCAUCAUGCGGGUGGUGUAAGCGCAACUCAGUCCCUUGCGAAUACCGCGAGCGAAAGAAGCCUGGUCUGCGCGCUGGUUACGGAAGGGAGUUGGAGCAGCGUCUAGACAAGCUUGAGGAAAUCUUGAGGACUCAUUCCGAGAUUCUUCAGCAUUCAUACGUUGGCAACGCCGCGCAUCAUGCCCCGCCGAGUGUGCGGACCAGCAAUCAAAGCUUGCCCAGUGAUCAGGGCACUCCGCGUGAUCAUGGUGGCUCGGUAUUCCGACCCAAUGACCCUACGAGAACACCACAGGCAGAAACGGCCCUGUUCUUGCAGAAGCCGUCGUCGUUCGCUCCGGUGACACAGAGCACCGACUUCAGUCUACCGCCACCCACGCCAUCUAUACACUCUGUUCCAGACGCUUUUCAGCAGCAGAUGCCCCUUCCCGGUAUAUCCCCAACGAAUCAGUUGCCCGCACUGCAAACGAGUUCAGCUACUCAGGAUUACUAUGGCAAUCAGUCUUUGCAGUCACCAGGUUUCAGUGUCGCUCAAAGCCAGACUAAUCUAUCAGCUGACCAGGAUCUUCCCCCCUACGACUUGCUCUACGCUCUGGCUGACCUAUACUUCAAACAUAUCAACACAUGGUGUCCCAUCUUACACCGGAAGACAACACUGGACACACUUUUUGGCCCUUCCACUCUGGAUGAGACUGACAGGGUACUCCUCCAUGCCAUAGUGGCCACAACCUUAAGAUACUCGACGGACUCGCGAUUAACGGAGGAGCGAAGGCGCCACUAUCAUGGUAUCUCAAAGCAACGGGUUCUCCUCUAUGGCAUGGAGAACUCGUCUGUAAAGGCGUUGCAAGCCCUUGUUAUUCUUGCCCUCGACCUAUGCGGUGACAGCAAUGGACCUCCAGGGUGGAACAUAAUGGCAUUGAUCACGAGAUCCGUCGUUCAAAUCGGGCUUGCGGUUGAGACUAGCUCUUUCUCUGUUUCACCAAACUACGCUUCCAUUUAUACCCUACGAGCCAUGAUAUUACCGGAGCCCAGAGACUUCAUCGAGGACGAGUCUCGGAGAAGGUUAUUCUGGAUGGUAUAUCUGCUCGAUCGAUAUGCUACAUUAGCUACUGCAUUUGAAUUUGCUUUGGACGACAAGGAGAUCGACAGGACGUUGCCGUGCAGAGACGACAUUUGGAUGAAGAACCAAAAAGUUGAAACUAGGUGGUUUCAAGCCGAGAACCAUGCACCAGAUGGACCAGAUCCAGAUAUGAACAAGCCCGAGAACCUUGGCGCCUUCUCAUAUUACAUCGAGAUACUCGGGAUCCUCUCCAAAAUCCACAAAUUCCUCAAACAACCUGUGGACAUCAGCGCUCUAGGCGACGUCGAGCAAUGGCAAAUGAAAUAUAAAGACCUCGACAAUCUUCUGACUUCAUGGAAGUUUGGUCUUCCGGGCGAGUACGGGAACAUGGCCAAGCUGUUUCAACCUGGCUGCGGGAAGUCAAUAAACUGCGGUUGGAUCAUGCUGCAUGCCACAUAUCACACCGCAGUCAUAAGGCUACACUCGUCUGCAGCAUAUCCAACAACGCGCUCACCGAUCUUCACGCCGUCUUACAGUGCCAGUCAGCGUUGCCACGGAGCCGUUGAGAAUAUUGCCGCACUUGGAGAGUUCGUAGUGCAGAAUGGGUUGCUCUCGAAACUGGGACCACCUUUCGCGUUCACUUUAUGGGUCUCUGCCCGCCUUCUUCUAGUUCACGGCUCCACAGUCGAGCACAAGCUGUCGCCUCAGAUUGCUUUCUUCGUGGACACACUUCGGGACAUGGGGAGGUAUUGGCCCGUGGCCGCGCGGUACUCUCAGCUGCUCCAGCGUGUUUUGGAUGAGCACAGCGAUAGCGAGCGUGUGGUGGGCUCGACGGGGGAGAGGGUGACACCCUCAUCGGUCAGGAUCCUCGCAGACAUGCGAAGGACGGCAUUUGACCUCGACUUCCUCAUCAGCCGACAGCCUCGCCAUCUUGCCGGUGCACCGAGCCGGAUGCCGAGUGUGACGCCCGCGAGGACGCCGGCCCCAAACGAGCUGGAGUAUCUCGAUGUGUUUGACUUCUUUAAUGUACCCAGGCUGCCAUUUAAUAAUGAAGUCGCUGGCAUGGCGGGAGUGCAACAUAACGGAACAGGGAAUGAGAUGAAUGUCGACCAGUCCUCAGCAGCUGGUGUACACAAUGGAAACUCCAAUGGGGCCACCAAUGAGUUCAACAUUACGAACUUCAUGGUUGACGCGAAUAGUGACUGGCUGUUUAAGCAGCCUGCUCUCAGCGGCUGA